CAGACCGGAGCAGAGACGGACGUUGAGUGGCGUGUGUGCGCGUCUAUCACCGCUGAAAACUUCCAGAACUGUGGAGUAAUAAUCUUAUUCGUACCUUUUUAAUAACUCAUGGUAUUUGUUUUGGUCGUUAAGGCAAAUGAAAGGAGAAGAAGUCUCUCCAUCAGCUGUUUCCCUCACCUUCUCACUUACCUACUCUGCGCGUCCGGGCUUCCAGCCAGCAGGAGAUGAAAAGCUGCCAAUGAGUGAGCUCUGUGCUAAGUAGCGGCCAUGGCUGCCCAUCGCAUCAUCAGAGUGACCAACAACAAUCAUGUCCUGCCUCGCUGCAAGUCCGAGGGGACGCUCAUCGACAUUAGCGAAGGGGUCACUGGGGCCAGUCUCAAUGACGUUAAAGUGCCUUCUCCCAGUGCCUUAAGGCUGGACACUUCCUCCUCCUAUGGAGCUGCGCAGGAAGUGGUCGCCAUAAAGGAUUAUUGCCCCAGCAGCUUCACUACACUGAAGUUCUCCAAAGGUGAUCGCCUCUAUGUGUUGGACACGUCAGGAGGGGAGUGGUGGUACGCACACAACAACACGGAGAUGGGCUACAUCCCUGCUGCCUACGUGCAGCCGCUCAACUUCAGGAACUCUUCGCUCAGCGACAGCGGGAUGAUUGACAGUCUUGGGGAAGGGUACGAGGACGGGUCAAAGGAGUUUGGAGGCCUAGGGGAGUGGACAGGGGGUUCCCUUAAGCCCUCCCCAAUUUACAACAACACUCCCUUUGCUGUGAACCCCUUUAUUAAAGAUCAAAACUGCAAAGAUUCUGGUGUUAGGAACUCAACGGAUCUUAUUCUGUUUGAUGCACUGGCAUCUCCGUCAUCUUGCUCAAACUAUACCUCUAGUACAGUCAUGACCAAUGGGUUCAGCAGCUGCCACAUUAACAGUACAACCCCCACAAGCCCAAAUCAAGAGGUCUUACCUAACCUCCACAGGGAUAAUCCGUUUUUCAGGAGCAAACGUUCCCACAGUCUCUCAGAACUGUCCGUCCUGCAGGCACAGUCCAAUCCAACCUUACCUUCUUCGGGAUUUUUCACAGGCCUUAAGGCUCCUUCCCCGGAGCAGUUUCAGAGUCGGGAGGACUUCAGGACUGCUUGGUUGAACCACAGAAAGCUAGCCAGGUCGUGCCAUGACCUUGACUCUCUGGGUCAGAGUCCAGGGUGGGGCCAGACGCAGCCGGUGGAGACCAACAUUGUGUGCAUGUUGGACUCUAACGGAGGCGUUGUUCAGCUCCCGGACACCCAAAUCAGCAUUCACAUCCCUGAAGGCCACGUCAGCAAUGGAGAACACCAGCAGAUCUCCAUGAAAGCCUUGCUAGACCCUCCUCUGGAGCUCAACACAGAUCACUGCUCCUCAGUGAGCCCUGUGGUGGAGAUCAAGUUGAGCAACAUGGAGACAAAGUCCUUCCUCACGUUGGAGAUGAAGGUAUCGGUUACAGUCAAGAAGGAGAGUUGUCACACUGCGGAUGUGCUUUGCGUUCGCAGUGACUGCAAAGAAGGGCCUUACACGCCCAUCCCUAAUGCUUACCUUUACAAGGAUACAGUCCAGGUGCAGCUGGAUAGUCUGGAGCCGUGCAUGUAUGUGGCUGUGGUUGUUCAGUCCCAAUACAUCAGCCACAACACAACUGUUUGGGAUUAUGUGCAAAGGAAAGUCACUUUGGGCGUCUACGGACCCAAGCACAUUCACCCGUCGUUCAAGACAGUCGUGGCCAUGUUUGGGCAUGACUGCGCCCCUAAUACCUUGCUGGUAAACGAGGUGGGUCACCUGGUGAAUUCUAGUCCGCCAGUGGCCCUCCAGCUUUGGGGGAAGCAUCAGUUCGUGCUGGGGUACCCUCAGGACCUCCUGUUGGGGCUGUACUCCAACAUGUCUAACUACGAGGUGAAGUCCUGCGAGGGGACGGGGGUGAUUCGGGGGUUUCAAGUUAAACUGGGGAAAGUGAGCAGGCUCCUUUACAUGAUCACAUCGCAUAACCCAAACAGCAUUUCAGAUUUUACACUCAGGGUCCAAGUUAAGGACGCACUUGACUGCAUCCUCACGCAGUUCUGCGUCCAAACACCACCACCGCCACCCAAAACCGGAGCAAGGAUAUCAGGCCAGAGGAGGUUUCUAAAAAAGAGAGAGGUGGAUAAGAUCGUCUUGUCACCGCUGGCCGCCACUUCCAAAUACCCAAAGUUUCAGGACCGGUGUAUCACCAACCUGAAAUUUGGCAAGUUGAUCAAAACGGUAAUCAGGCAGAACAAGAGCACAUAUCUGUUGGAGUACAAAAAGGGGGAUGUUAUUGCCUUGCUCAGCGAGGAGAAAAUCAAACUGCGAGGUCAGCUGCGGACUAAAGAGUGGUACAUUGGAUACUAUCAGGGGAAGAUGGGACUGGUCCAUGCCAAGAACGUUUUAGUUCUGGGUAAAGUCAAGCCUAUUUAUUGGAUCGGGCCGGAUCUAACCACCACAGUGCUGCUGGAGCAGAUCCUGAAGCCUUGCAAGUUUCUUACCUACAUCUACGCAACAGUGAGGACGGUUUUAAUGGAGAACGUGGGCAGCUGGAGGGCGUUUGCAGAUGCACUAGGAUACGGGAAUUUGCCGCUGAAUUAUUUCUGCAGAACAGAGCUGGACAACGAGCCGGAGAAAGUGGCGUCGGUUCUGGAGAAACUCAAAGAGGAGUGUACGAACAUGGAGAACAAGGAGAGGAAGUCCUUCCAGAGAGAGCUAAUGAUGGCGCUACUGAAGAUGGACUGUCAGGGUCUGGUGGCGAAACUCGUUCUGGACUUCGUGCUUCUGACCACGGCGGUGGAGGUGGCGUCCCGAUGGAGGGAACUCGCAGAGAAGCUGGCUCGAGUUUCCCGACAGCAGAUGGACGCGUACGAGGCUCCGCACCGGGACAAGAACGGACUCCUGGACAACGAGUCCAUGUGGAAGCCGGCCUACGACUUCCUCCUGACGUGGGCCGCCCACGUUGGGGACAGCUACCGGGACGUGAUCCAGGAGCUGCACCUGGGCCUGGACCGGAUGAGGAACCCCAUCACUAAGAGGUGGAAGCACCUGACGGGGACGCUGAUCCUCGUCAACUGCCUGGACUCGCUGCGGGGCGCCGCCUUCUGCCCCACCGGGUACGGGGACUUCGCCGUGUGAACAUCCACCUGCAGAACUUAAAAAAACUCUGUCCACUUCGAGAGUUACUGGAGAUCAGCGUUCUGGUCUUCUUUUUUGGAGUUAUGGAAGACAUCACACCGUUGAAAGACAUAAUGGUAUUGAAAAAGUCAAAGUGAAAGUGUUUCUGAUGCCUCUUGUUACAUCAAUCCUUCUUUCUUUUUACUCUUCUUCAUCUUUUAUCACCUCACUGUUUCUUUACCGCUUUCUGUAUAUAUUUUUCAAGAUUUCCAGUUUAUUACAGUUUGUUUUUUCUGUAUUCAAACCUUCUUCAGGACAACAUCAGAGACCUCAAUCACUGCAAUACUUAACCUCACAUACUGUGACCUUUGGCCAUCUUUAAACACUUUGAUCCCCACACUGAACAUCUGUUUGCAAGCCGAAUGAAUCAAACAUUUGUCCUUUCCUUGGCACUCAUUGCAAUGCAUCAGAUGUUAUUAAACAAAACAGAAUUAGGAAUUGUUUUAAACAUGAGAACAAAAAGAACAUUGCUCAGUAAAAAGCCAAAACCUGUUAGCACAUUGCUAACUCUACAGCGUUGAUUUUACAUUAUAUCUUAUGCAAGAUAUACUUUAUUUUUGUAGAAGAAGAAUACAGAGGAUGUGUUAUCCACAGUGUUAAUGUUUAGUUUUGUUUUCACAUCACGUUUCAUCUGGUCCAAAUAAUAAAUCUAGUAUGUUCUUUCCAAUUGAAAACUAAAUGAAGCAUGCAAACCUGAAUGUUGAGCCAUGUCAAUAAUUCAUGUUUUGAGCAUCAAUUGUUGCAUUUAUUCUAAGUGCAUCCAAUGAUUUCCAGAAUUAAAACUGUUGCACACACAAAUUCUUCUUUUUUAUGAAAGAUGAUAAAGAUAGACCGUAAAUGCAUUUCAUGAUAAUAAUAGAAUCAGAAAUUCCUGCCAAAGGUGGAUUUAUGUCACCUUUUUCAUGCAAAAUCGGUAUUUUCUAAACGUUCUGACUCUAAAGUGCAUCUAAAAAGUGCAGCAUGAAUAAAAUUGUUAUCUUUUAAUGGAGAUUUAAUUUGAAUGAAUUGUUUCUAGUUUUAAAGUGUGUAUUAAAAGAAGCCUAACUUUUGUUUUUGAGCAUUUCGCUUUGAUUUCAGCAAGUAUUAUUCCAGUGUCUUUGAUGCUUUUGAUGUUCAUUUCUACAUCUGUUUUCAUUUCUCAUUCAGUAUUUGUUGUUCUCGUUUCGUCGAAAUGUGUUCUGCAGUGUUGCUUACUCUUUGGAUUAUGAACAGAGAAAUGUUGCGAGGAGUUUAUAUAUUUGUACUGAAGGCCAUCUCAGAUCUGUUUCUGUUCAGAAAGUUUCAAUAAAACUGGAAAAAAAAUCAAA